AUGGAUAAUGGUCAGUUGAGUGGUGUUGUUUUCCUUGAUAUUAGAAAAGCUUUUGAUUCUAUUGAUCAUACAAUCUUAUUGCAAAAGAUGAAUGAUCAAUUUGGAAUAAAAAAUGUGGAACUGGAUUGGUUUAAGUCCUAUCUAACUAAUAGAGAGCAAGCAUGCAUUGUCAACGGUGCAAUGUCAUCACCUAAAACGAUUGUGUGCGGAGUUCCGCAGGGAUCAAUUCUUGGUCCCUUGCUGUUUUUAUUAUAUAUUAAUGAUUUACCCGAAUGCCUCGAAAAAACUUCGCCACACCUAUACGCUGAUGAUACUCAAAUUUCUACUUCUGCCAAAACUAUUGAGGAACUUACUGAAAAUCUAAAUAAUGACCUGAAAAAAGUCGGUGAGUGGCUUGCUCGAAAUAAACUGCAACACCACCCAACUAAGACCAAAUUAAUGUAUAUCGGUUCAAAGUAUAAUGCUGAUACUAUGACUUAUGAUAUUCCA